ACGCUGAGUUAAAUCCGACGGCUCCCAACUUGCCUUUGCCAAAUACACAACAGAUAUCCACAAUAAAUACAAUGACCGACUCCGGCUCAAGCUCCAGCACAUCAACACCGCUCACAAGUUUAAGCACGAGCUCCGGCUCUCUUGGCCUGAACAUCCAGAAACUGACCGACCCCGUGAGCGAGGUGCCCCAUGACGAAUUCUGGAUCUUUGGCUACGGCUCGCUGAUAUUCAAGCCACCACCGGGCGUUGAACGCGCGGAGCCGGGAUACAUCACCGGGUUUGUCCGGCGGUUUUGGCAGAUGUCGCAUGAUCAUCGCGGGGUGCCGGAUGCGCCUGGACGGGUGGUGACUUUGGUGGAGCGCGAGUAUUACUGGUCGCGGUUGGCGGAGCGGGAUCCGCAUGCAAAGUACGAGAAGAAGGAGUGUCGGACGUAUGGAGUGGCAUACAAGAUAAUUCCGUCACAAGUGCCAGAAGUGUCUGCUGCGCUGGACCUACGAGAACAGAACGGGUACUCUGUGCAUCUGGUUCCGGUCCACGCAAGCUCAGGUUCGGUGAUCCUGGCAAUAGUCUACAUCGGCACUCCAGACAACCAUGCAUUUGCCGGUGUCGAGGCUGAUCUUGACAAGCUGAGUGAGCUGAUUUAUAAAUCAAAGGGUCCGUCGGGGUAUAACAAAGAAUAUUUGCUGAAGCUUGGAGAGGCGCUGCGGCAGCUGCACGAUACGAAUGGGGUGAUGGAGGAGGAUUAUCAUGUAGAGGAUUUGAUGGCACGGGUAAGGAAAUUAGAGGCACUAGAUGUAAAUAAAUGAACAAUAGAU